UCCUGCGCAUCCCGGGCUGCGCUCCCAGGCCGGUGGCUGGGGAGGAGGUGGCAGGUGUGUCACUGUGUCGGGGGCGGGAGGGAGGAGGAAGAGGAGGAAGAGGAGGAGGAGGAGGAGGAGGAGGCGGCAAGGUCGCGGUCCGAGGCUCCGGUGCUCGCCGCCGCCCAGCCCCCAGCCGAGGCUUUCUCAGCCGCGCCAAUAAAAGGCCGGCCCGACCCGUCCCCGCGCCCCUCAGCUCUGCGGGACACCCCGGGCUGCAGCUGGGCGGGCGCAGACGGGCCGAGGCGGGCGCAGGGACCGAGGGACCGAGGGCUCCCCAUGAGGGCACGUGGGCCGGGCGGUCUGCAGGCCCGGCUGAGAGCGCGCCAUGGGGCAGGCGGGCUGCAAGGGGAUCUGCCUGUCGCUGUUCGACUACAAGACCGAGAAGUAUGUCAUCGCCAAGAACAAGAAGGUGGGCCUGCUGUACCGGUUGCUGCAGGCCUCCAUCCUGGCGUACCUGGUCGUAUGGGUGUUCCUGGUAAAGAAGGGUUACCAAGACAUCGACACCUCCCUGCAGAGUGCUGUCAUCACCAAAGUCAAGGGCGUGGCCUUCACCAACACCUCGGAUCUUGGGGAGCGGGUCUGGGAUGUCGCCGACUACGUCAUUCCGGCCCAGGGAGAGAACGUCUUUUUUGUGGUCACCAACCUGAUUGUGACCUCCAACCAGCAGCAGAACGUCUGUGCUGAGAAUGAAGGCAUCCCUGAUGGCGCGUGCUCCAAGGACAGUGACUGCCACCCUGGGGAGGCGGUUAUAGCUGGAAAUGGAGUGAAGACUGGCCGCUGCCUGCUGAAAGAGAACUCGGCCAGAGGCACCUGUGAGAUCUUUGCCUGGUGCCCGGUGGAGACAAGCUCCAGGCCGGUGGAGCCAGUCCUGAAGGAGGCCGAAGACUUCACCAUUUUCAUAAAGAACCACAUCCGUUUUCCCAAAUUCAACUUCUCCAAGAGCAAUGUGAUGGACGUCAAGGACAGAUCUUUCCUGAAAUCCUGCCACUUUGGCCCCAAGAACCACUACUGCCCCAUCUUCCGACUGGGCUCCGUGAUCCGCUGGGCUGGGAGCGACUUCCAGGAUAUAGCCCUGGAGGGUGGUGUGAUAGGAAUUAAUAUUGAAUGGAACUGUGAUCUCGACAAGGCUGCCUCUGAGUGCCACCCUCACUAUUCUUUUAGCCGUCUGGACAAUAAGCUUUCAAAGUCUGCCUCCUCCGGGUACAACUUCAGAUUUGCCAGAUAUUACCGAGAUGCGGCCGGGGUGGAGUUCCGCACCCUGAUGAAAGCCUACGGCAUCCGCUUCGACGUGAUGGUGAAUGGCAAGGCAGGGAAGUUCAGUAUCAUCCCCACCAUCAUCAACGUGGGCUCUGGGGUGGCACUCAUGGGUGCUGGGGCUUUCUUCUGCGACCUGGUACUCAUCUACCUCAUCAAAAAGAGAGAGUUUUACCGCGACAGGAAAUACGAGGAAGUAAGGUCUGGCCAUUUGCAGAAUGCACAGGCGAAUUUGGAGCAGCUACAGACAAUGGAGACAUAGCCAGGGCUGUUGGCUACCAGCAGUGUGGCUGAAGACAUUGGGGCCGGAACCACCCGCAGCUCUGAACUGGGAAGAGGAGUCUGUGCCUGCAUGAGACAGGGCUUCCAGGCGCAGCCAUCUCUCCUGCACUUUGGGAUCUUGCUGCAAGCUUUUCGUUGAGUGAGGAGGGGACCCGCCCGAUGGUCAGAGGGGUUCAGACCUAGAAGAGGAGUCCCUGGAGUCCAGGGAAAGGGGCAGGCCAGGGCCCUGAGUGGAAGUGGAAUGUUUGGAUUGUCCCUGAACCUGGCUGCACCUUCACUCAUUCAUACGUGCAGUAAACACGUCUUGACGCAUGCUGUGUGCUGGGCUCCGCCCAAGAGGUGCUUAAACGAGACACUGACCUGCCGUCAGGGAGAGGGGCACGCGUGUAAUUCCUCCAAAGCCAACAGAGACAUCACAGCCAGGCCCAGCCACUCCAGCUGGCCCUCCACUCGCCUAUAGCAGUUUCAGAAAUCCCUGCCGGGAACGGUGGUCGCUCGGAGAAAGCUCUUGGACAACACCCAAGGGGACAUUUGGGCUUGCCCCAAGGAUAAAAUUUAAAGGUGGCCAUGGAGGCAACCAGGAAAGGACUGGAGCAGUCAGGAGGCAGCUGGCUCUUAGGGGGAGAAGCCAGCGCCGGGGCAGUCUAGGUAAGAUGGGGAAGGGGAGGCAGGGAGGCCUCUGCUCCACCUGACUCCGCCAGCCUUGGGAAGCUCGGGGAAUAUGGACUUGCCCAGAUGGGAGAUGCAAGUGCCUUGGCCCUGACGAGCUCCUGCCCUCUCCCCAGCCCUCCCCAGAGGCUGGGCCUGAACUGCUAACGAGAUCAAGGAUGGCGCCACUCAGCAGGUGUAAACGGGCUGAGUUAGGGAGGCCCCUCAUUCCCCUCCCUCCAUCCCCACCUGUCCCGUGCCACACCCACCUGCUGCUCUCUCCCUCCAUCGCUGUAGAGCCUUGCUUUUUAUUUAUUUGAGAGACAGUCUCACUCUC